GCCCAAUGAUAACUCAACUUCAACGUUCAAUCAUUCCAAUGAUUACAUACUUGUGCUCAUUAUUCUCACAAACAUUUUUUAUUAUCAAGUACGUCAAGAGUUUUAUUUCCCUUUUAUCACUCGUCAAUGAGUGACAACAGCCGUGUUCCCAUUUUCAAAGCUUUAGACAACUUAUCAUGUUAAUUUGUCUGGAUUUGCGAAGUCAAAUACGAAUUGUAUAAUAAAAUUGACUGCCAAAUUCGAAUGAGAAACACGCGAACUGCGUAUGCUCAGUGCGAGAACUUGGUGCUGUCGGCCACAAUGUGGGUAAUGCCACCACCCGGCGUCGUUGACUUCCACGGAAUCAAGCGCACUACGUUCAAAACUCGAAAAGUAUCGCGAAUGUGAGUUCUCGCCUGAAACGGUGCGGUAUUGCAUCAGCCAGAAAAACAUGAGUAACUUGGCUGGUUCUUCGUCUAGGGGGUUGGUGGUCCCUUUACAAGAAUCCAUCGAAGUCGAAGACACCAAGUUUUUAUGGGUUUUUGGGUACGGGUCCCUUUGCUGGAACCCUGGCUUCACAUUCGACAAAGCUGUUGCCGGCUGCAUAAGGGGGUUUUCUAGAAGAUUUUGGCAGGGAAACAGCACUCAUCGAGGCACCGAACAGCAGCCUGGUCGAGUAGCAACUUUGGUGGAGGAUAACGAGGGUGUUGUUCAUGGCGUAGCAUUUCGAAUAAGUGGAGACGCUGCUAUACCAUACCUUACAAGAAGAGAAUGUAAAUUGGGAGGCUAUAAAGCCGAAUUUACAUCGUUCUUCCCUUCGAAUACAGAACUUUCAUUUACUGUAGUUUUGUAUGUCGCAACUUCUAGAAAUGCGAUGUGGUUGGGGGAUGCACCCCUUCAAGAAAUCGCACUCCAAAUCUCUAACUGCCAAGGUCCAAGUGGGCAUAAUGCCGAAUAUCUUAUAAGAUUAGCAGAAUUUAUGCGAGAACAUUUCCCUGAAGAAAAAGACGAGCAUUUGUUCCAUCUAGAAGUAUUAGUUAAAAAAAACAUUUUAAAUCAAAAUAAGUGUUUAACUACUUUAAUGGGUGACAGUGCUGGACAUAUAAUAUUCGUUAGAAGUUCAGCUCAAUUACAAAGACCAGAAGGUCAAGAAGAAAGAGCUGGUUCGUUUCAAUUUACCACAAGAGUUCCUGAAAAAACUUUACGUUGUCUCAAUAUUUAAAGCAGAUCUUCCUAUUUAUCGAAUUUAACUUAUCUAAUUGUUAUUUUACCAGUAGGUUUUUUGUUUUUGAUUAUCUGCGUUAUUAUAGAGAAUUAGUGUGAAAUUUGUUUCGGUAAUUACCUUUUGAUGUGUAUUUUACAUAUACCUUUUUUAUAUGACCUGUGUGGGUAGGAACAAAUUGAAAUGGUUAAGGUUCCUAUUGUAUGUAAUGUUUAUGUGUGUACCUGUAAAUUAUAUUCCAAAUAUUUUUUUUAUUCAUCUUUUUAAUUUUUAAAAAUGUUUACAUGUAGUGUGAUAGUUUAAGAUUACAUUAUCUAUUGAAUGUAUUACAACUAUAAAAAAUCAAUUUGGAACAUCCAUGAAUACUAUAAAAAUGGACUGACUGGCUAAGAGAAGAAUCUUUCAGUUUCAACUAUUAAACCCUCUAAUGUUAUGUUUUAAAAUUUUUAUAAGAACUACAAAGGUAUUACGCUGCGUGAUUAUUCACUCAAGUGCAAAAAUUAAUGAAUAUUCGACUGUGAUUCAUCCGUAUAUGUAUAUUUUAAUAUAUACGUGAUAC